CAAAGAAGGGCAACUAUUGGUAGAUCGGGGGGGGGGGAACAAGUAAAUAAAUAAAACAGACAUUGAAUAACCCUUUGACCAUUGUGAAAUUAUUACACUUUGGAUGGUGUAAAAAUAUACAGGUGUCCUUCCUAAAUCUGUUGCGGAGAAGAAUGAUACCGCUUAGGGAUUUCACCAUGAGGCCAAUGGUGACUUUAAAAACUGAGGAUAAAUUAACAACAUUGUAAUUACUAACCUAAUUGACAGAGAAAGAAGGAAGCUUGUACAGAAUAAAAUUAUUCUAAAACAUGCAUCCUGUUUGCAAUAAGGCACUAAAGUAAAACUGCAAAAAAAAUGUCUAAAAAAGUAUUUUAUGUCCUGAAUACAAAGCGUUAUGUUUGGGGAAAAUCCAACACAUCACUGAAUACCCCUCUUUGUAUUUUCAAGCAUGGUUAUGGCUGCAUCAUGUUAUGGGUAUGCUUAUCAUCGGCAAGAACAACAGAGUUUUUGGGGGGGAUAAAAAUAAAUGGAAAAGAGCUAAACACAAACAGAAUCCUAGAGGAAAACCUGGUUCUGUCUGCUUUCCAACAGAGACUGGGAGACAAAUUCAGCAGGACAAUAACCUAAAACUGGAGUUGCUUUCCAAGACAUUGAAUGUUUCUGAGUGGCCUAGUUACUGUUUUGACUGCUUGAAAAUGGUUGUAUAGCAAUGAUCAACUAUCAGCUGGAAGAAUAUUUAAAAGAAUGUGCAAAUAUUGUACAAUCCAGGUGUACAAAGCCCUUGGAGACGUACUCAGAAAGACUCACAGCUGUAAAUCGCUAACAUGUAUUGACUCAGGUGUAUUGUAUUGACUCAAACCAGAAACCGUGGAUAGAUGGCAGCAUUCGCGCAAAACUGAAAGCGCGAACCACCGCAUUUAACCAGGACAAGGUGACAGGGAAUAUGGCCGAAUACAAACGGUGUAGUUAUUCCCUCCCAUAAGGCAACCAAAAAGGCAAAGCAUCAGUACAGAGACAAAGUAGAGUCGCAAUUCAACAGGUCAGACACGAGACGUAUGUGGCAGGGUCUACAGACAACCACGGAAUACAAAGGGGAAACCAGCCACGUCGCUGACACUGAUGUCUUGCUUCCGGACAAGCUAAACACCUUCUUUGAGGAUAACACAGUGCCACCAACGUGGCCUGCGACCAAGAACUGUGGGCUCUCCUUCUCUGUGGGUGAUGUAAGUAAGACGUUUAAGCGUGUUAACCCUCGCAAGGCUGCUGGCCCAGACGGCAUCCCUAGUUGCUUCCUCAGAGCAUGUGCAGACCAGCUGGCUGGAGUGUUUACCAACAUUUUCAAUCUCUCCCUAUCCCACUCAGCUGUCUCCACUUGCUUCAAGACGGCCACCAUUGUUCCUGUACCCAAGAAAGCAAAGAUCCACAGACGAUGCAAUCGCCAUCGCACUGCACACUGCCAUAUCCCAUCUGGACAAGAGGAAUACCUAUGUAAGAAUGUUGUACAUUGACUAUAGUUCAGCAUUCAACACCAUAGUACCCUUCAAGCUCAUCAUUAAGCUUGGGGCCCUGGGUCUGAACCCCACCCCGUGCAACUGGGUCCUGGACUUCCUGAUGGGCUGCCCCCAGGUGGUAAAAGUAGGAAAUAACAUCUCCACUUCGCUGAUCCUCAACACUGGAGCCCCACAAGGGUGCAUGCUCAGCCCCCUCCAGGACUCCCUGUUCACCCAUGACUGCGUGGACACGCACACCUCCAACUCAAUCAUCAAGUGUGCAGACGACACAACAGCAGUAGGCCUGAUGACCAACAAUGACGAGACGACCUACAGGGAGGAGGUGAGGGCCCUGGGAGAAUGGUGCAAGGAAAAUAACUUCUCACUCAAUGUCAACAAAGCAAAAGGAGCUGAUCGUGGACUUCAGGAAACAGCAGAGGGAGCACGCCCCUAUCCACAUCUACGGGACCGCAGUGGAGAAGGUGGAAAGCUUAAGUUCCUCUGCGUACACAUCACUGACGAUCCAAAAGGGUCCACACACACAGACAGUGAGGUGAAGAAGGUGCAACAGCGCCUCUUCAACUUUAGGAGGCUAAAGAAAUUUGUAUUGGCCCCUAAAACCCUCACAAACUUUUACAAAUGCAUAAUUGAGAGCAUCCUGUGGGGCUGUAUCACCGCCUGAUACAACAACUGCAUCACCCGCAACCGCAGGGCUCACCAGAGGGUAGUGCAGUCUGCCAAACGCAUCACAGGGGGUAAACUACCUGCCCUCCAGGACACCUACAGCAUCUGAUGUCACAGGAAGGCCAAAAUGAUCAUGAAGGACAUCAACCACCCGAGCCACGGCCUGUUCACCCCGCUAUCAUCCAGACAGCGAGGUCAGUACAGGUGCAUCAAAGCUGGGACCGAGAGACUGAAAAACAGCUUGUAUCUCAAGGCCAUCAGACUGUUAAAUAGCCAUCACUAGCACAUUAGAGGCUGCUGCCCUAUAUACAUAUAAUUAGAAUCACUGGCCACUUUAAUAAUGGAACACUAGUCACUUGAAUAAUGUUUACAUACUGCUUUAGUCAUCUCAUAUGUAUAUACUGUAUUAAAUUCUACUGUAUUCGACUGCCAUUCCGACAUUGAGAAAUAUAUAUUUCUUAAUUCUAUUCUUUUACUUUUAGAUUUGUGUGAAUUGUUAGACACUGCUUCACUGUUGGAGCUAUGAACACAAGCAUUUCGCUACACCUGCAAAAACAUCUGCUGAGUGUGUGUGACCAAUACAAUUUGAUUUGAUUUUGUGUGAAUACUUAUGUAAAUGACGUGUUUUUUUUGCAAACAUUUCUAAAAACAUGCCUUCACCUUUUAACUAUGAGGUAUUGUGUGUAAAUGGGUGAGACAAAAUCUAUGUAAUCAAUUUUGAAUUCAGGCUGUAACACAACAAAAUGAGGA